GCGAGGACGGCGGCCAGCCCCGGAUUCCUCUGGUUACCGAACCAGACACGAGCGGCGAGCAGGCCACAGGGACGCAUGUGUCUAUGUCGUGCGCUUGUUUGAGCACAGACAUUAAUUAAAGCGAACAAACAUCGCAAUACGCAGUGCUCGUCUCAGACUGUCGGUAUUAUUGACGCUGUCGCGGAGAUGAACGGCAUCACCAAGGGCAGAUUUGAGGUUUUCUCAAACAAUGAUGAAGCUCCUAUCAACAAAAAGCUUCCUAAAGAGCUUCUGCUCAGGAUUUUCUCCUACUUGGAUGUGGUUACGUUGUGCAGAUGUGCCCAGGUAUCCAAGGCAUGGAAUGUUCUAGCGUUAGAUGGAAGCAACUGGCAGAAGAUUGACUUGUUCAACUUCCAGACGGACAUUGAGGGACGUGUGGUGGAGAACAUCUCUAAGCGCUGCGGUGGUUUUCUGAGGCAGCUCAGUCUAAGGGGCUGUCUUAGUGUGGGCGACACCUCCAUGAAGACUUUUGCACAAAACUGUCGAAACAUUGAACACCUGAACCUGAACGGCUGCACAAAGAUCACAGAUUCCACAUGUAUCAGCCUGAGCAAGUUUUGCGCGAAGCUUCGACAUCUCGACCUGACAUCUUGCGUGUCCAUCACCAACCACGCACUCAAAGCCUUAAGUGAGGGCUGCAGGAUGCUGGAGAACCUGAACCUGUCCUGGUGUGACCAGAUCACUCGAGAUGGUAUCGAGGCCUUGAGUCGCGGCUGCUCUGGACUCAAAGCACUGUUCCUCCGGGGGUGCACACAGCUGGAUGAUGCUGCACUGAAGCACUUACAGAAGCACUGUCCAGAACUUGUGACAAUCAACAUGCAAUCCUGCACACAGAUAACAGAUGAAGGUCUGGUGAGCUUGUGUAGAGGAUGUCACAAGCUGCAGAGUGUGUGUGUGUCUGGCUGCAGUAACAUUACCGACGCCUCUCUCACUGCACUGGGACUCAACUGCCAGAGACUCAAAAUCUUGGAGGUUGCCCGCUGCUCACAUGUGACUGAUGCUGGUUUCACCGUACUUGCCAGAAAUUGCCAUGAUUUGGAGAAAAUGGAUUUAGAAGAGUGUAUUUUGGUGACCGAUAACACACUAGUCCAACUUUCUAUCCACUGCCCUCGACUGCAGGCUUUGAGCCUCUCUCACUGUGAGUUGAUUACAGAUGAUGGUAUUAGGCACCUGAGCAGUAGUGUGUGUGGUCAGGAGCGACUGCAGGUCGUGGAGCUGGACAACUGUCCAUUGAUCACAGACAUCACUCUGGAACACCUGAAGAGCUGCCAGAGGCUGGAGCGCAUCGAGCUCUAUGACUGCCAACAAGUUACACGCGCCGGCAUCAAACGCAUCCGGGCCCACCUUCCUGACAUUAAGGUCCACGCCUACUUUGCCCCGGUCACGCCCCCUCCCUCAGUGCACGGAGGAGGCCAGCGUCUCUGCCGCUGCUGUGUCAUUCUCUGAUUGCGGGGAGGGGCCUCUGAGAGACGCUUUAGAGAGUUAAGCUGUCAGUCAACCUCUAAACUCCACCCCUUCCCUGUUUGCCACAACCGGUAUAAACUGCACAGGAAUGUGGCUUAUGAAGGCGUGACAUGUGCACUGAGUGGUUGCCUGGCAGCAAGAUGGA